AUGAGUUUCAGACACGGACUUCUUCCCCGCUUCCGCCCUUGUUUACCCCGGAAUCACCUCCGCAUUCGCAGUGUGCCACCACUCUUAUCUCGGAGGUUCCAUGCCAGCUCUUUGCUAUGGGGAAUUAAGUCACAGGUUCUCAAGGACGUCGGCGAGGGUAUCACCGAGGUUCAGAUCAUUCAAUGGUAUGUGGAGGAAGGGGCUCACAUAGAGGAAUGGAAGCCAUUGUGUCAAUAUCAGUCCGAUAAGGCUGUGGAUGAUAUUACUUCCCGAUAUGAGGGAGUCAUUAAGAAGCUUCACUUCGAAACGGACGAUACAGUACCAACAGGAAGGGCAUUAUGCGAUAUUGAAGUAGAAGAUGGAAAAUACCCUGAUGAUAACCCACCGCAUGAACCAAGGGCAGAGCCAACACCAUCGCCAGCCAAUGACAUAGCUGCCGCAACCCAAGCUGCAGAGUCCUCACUGGCAUCUUCUCCUCCCCCUCCUCCACCACCUGUUGCUCCUGAGGAAGUAACCAAGUCCAAGAGUGCGUCUCUGGCAGUUCCCGCCGUGCGUGGGCUCCUGAAGAGCCAUGGCAUCAACAUUCUCGACGUCAAUGGCUCAGGGAAAGACGGCCGAGUGAUGAAGGAUGAUGUCUUGAAGUUCGUGGCCGCCAGAGAUUCUGCUGCCUCGAUCCCUGUACAGCCCUCGGUAGACACACGGCAAACAGAGUCAACCGUCAACUUGACUCCGAUCCAAUCUCAAAUGUUCAAGAUCAUGACCAAAUCAUUGAACACACCACACUUCGUCUACGCCGAUGAACUCAAAGUGAACGACAUCACCGCGAUCCGUCAAAAGCUUGCCAAUGACAAGCGCGAGCCUACUAAAAUCACCUUCCUCCCCUUCGUGGUCAAAGCUGUCUCACAAGCAUUGACUGACUUCCCCAUCCUCAACGCAAAAGUCGAUACCAGCGACCCCAACAAGCCCAAAUUGGUGAUGCGAUCAAAGCACAACAUCGGAAUUGCCAUGGACACACCUACCGGUCUCAUUGUACCCAACAUCAAGGACGUCGCCAACCGAUCAAUCUUCGAUAUUGCCGCCGAGAUCGCACGACUCAGUACCCUUGGAAAGGCCGGGAAAUUGACACCGGCCGAUCUCAGCGGUGGCACGAUCACCGUGUCGAACAUUGGUAACAUUGGAGGCACGUACGUGGCACCUGUGAUUGUCCCUACGGAAGUGGCUAUCCUGGGAGUUGGUCGGUCCAAAGUGGUGCCGGUCUUCGAUGAGGCAGGCCAGGUUACACGCGGGGAUAUGGUGAAUUUCAGUUGGAGCGCGGACCAUCGGGUGAUUGAUGGUGCGACGAUGGCCCGGAUGGGCAACCGAGUUCGGGAGCUGAUUGAGUCUCCGGAACUUAUGCUUUUGAACCUGCGCUAG